UUCGUAUUUUUUUGUGAAAAAAAUCGGGAGUUCAGUGAAAGUGAAAGUAUUUUGAGGUUAGAUUCCUUGUAGGUUUGUAUUGUUUUCGUCUUUAGUGUUUUGUGGAAGUAAAUAUCCUUGAAUGGAAUAAAAGUGAACGGUUUUGUGAACUGAAAAUCUUUUAUUUGUGUUUGAAAACAGAGUGAGUUCCUGUCGUGUUUUUCCUGAAAGUGAAAGUUUUCAACAAAGUCUGCGUUGAAUAAAUAACAGAGCCGUGAGCGGAGUAGACAUAAAGAUUGUGAGGAGACCUCAAUAUGGAAGAAAACAAAUUAUCAUGGACACAUUACAUAUGAAACAAGAAGGCGAACCGAGUGGUUUCUGAAAGAAAAAGAGUUUUUAGACGAACAUGAAACCAUAGUCAUGUGAAGGGAACAUUAAAACUUGAUGCAAACUGUCAUAUCUAUAAAGCAUAUCUUGGAACGCUAAAAGCUUACAUAUCUGAUUCCUUUCAUGCUAGUCACCAUUUGUGAUUACUCUAGAUAGUAAAGAAUUGCUCAAAGUUUACAAUUUAAGUUCUAUAAGACUCGAAAUAUUGAAAUGUAUAAAAUUUAGAGAAGAUAAAGAAGCUUGAGAGAAUAAAGAUGAAGAUCUUUAGUAUGUUGUUUUUAAGAAGACGCACAUGGAUAUUAAAGGCAGUGCUAGUAUUAACGGCGUUAUGGUUCAUGGUAGCACUGCUGACUACCAAUGGUAGUAGGAAUUCCUUAGUUGCACCGCCGAUAGAAUACGAGGAUGCGGAAGCGAAACCAUACAAGAUGGCGAAAUCUACGUCUGUGAAGAAGAAAAGCGAUAAUUAUGGAAAUAAUCUGUCUGAUGCAAAGAAACGGAUCAAUUGGAUGGAUCGGAUUGCUCCUAAAAGUAAGGAAGGUCUAGGUGUACUAGCGGCGCCUGGAUCAGACAACGCACCAGGAGAACUAGGAAAGCCUGUGGUCCUUCCGAAGAACAUCAGCGAUGAAGCAAAGGUUGCUGUGGCUGAGGGAUGGAAGAAGAACGCGUUCAACCAGUACGUCAGCGAUCUCAUAUCGAUUAGAAGGAAACUGCCGGAUCCUAGGGACGAAUGGUGCAAAACACCAGGGCGUUUCCUCGAAGAUCUCCCGCAGACAUCCGUCGUGAUCUGUUUCCACAACGAAGCCUGGUCCGUGCUGUUACGGACGGUUCACUCCGUGCUCGACCGUUCGCCAGAGCAUUUGAUCAAGGAGAUCGUGCUUGUGGAUGACUUCUCUGAUAUGCCCCAUUUGAUGCAGCAAUUAGACGAUUAUAUGUCGUCCCUGCCAAAAGUGCGCAUAGUCCGAGCUCCGCGCCGGGAAGGUUUAAUCAGGGCCCGACUGCUCGGGGCGCGAUACGUGACUGCGCCGGUCCUCACAUAUCUAGACAGCCAUUGCGAGUGUACUGAAGGAUGGCUUGAACCUCUACUGGACAGGAUAGCGCGAAACAAAACUACCGUCGUAUGCCCCGUCAUCGAUGUAAUCGACGACAAUACUCUUGAAUUCCACUAUAGAGACUCCACGUCCGUCAACGUUGGAGGGUUCGACUGGAACCUUCAAUUCAAUUGGCACCCAGUCCCAGCCAGAGAGCGUGCCAGGCAUUCCAAUACUGCUGAAGCAGUAUGGUCCCCAACUAUGGCUGGCGGGCUCUUUGCCAUUGACAAAGAAUUCUUCGAAAGAUUGGGAACGUAUGACAGUGGCUUUGACAUCUGGGGAGGCGAAAAUUUGGAGUUGUCCUUCAAAACAUGGAUGUGCGGUGGGACGUUGGAAAUCGUACCCUGCUCACACGUUGGACAUAUAUUUAGGAAACGAUCUCCGUAUAAGUGGAGGACUGGUGUUAACGUGUUGAAGAAGAAUUCAGUUCGGCUUGCUGAGGUAUGGUUGGAUGACUACGCCAAAUACUACUACCAAAGAGUUGGCAACGAUAAAGGUGACUUCGGCGACGUCAGUGGCCGAAAAGAGCUGAGGAAAAAUCUACAAUGCAAAUCCUUCGAGUGGUAUCUUAAAAACAUUUAUCCUGAACUCUUCAUCCCUGGCGAGUCAGUGGCCCAUGGCGAGAUCCGAAACGUGGGCUUCCAAAAGACGUGUUUGGAUUCACCAACGCGCAAGUCCGAUCACCAUAAACCCGUCGGACUGUACCCGUGUCACCGGCAAGGCGGCAACCAGUACUGGAUGUACUCGAAAACGGGUGAGAUUCGCCGUGACGAGACGUGCCUGGACUAUUCGGGGCACGACGUGGUCUUGUACCCGUGUCACGGGGCCAAAGGCAACCAGCUGUGGCUCUAUGAUCAAAAUACGAAGCUACUGAAGCAUGGUUCCAGUGAAAAAUGCAUGGCGAUAUCGGAAAACAAGUCCAAAAUCACCAUGGAGUCCUGCAACGAAGAUGAAAUUCGGCAACUGUGGACCCUCGAAAACUUCCGCCCCGACAGACUGGGUCCGGAACUCAUGUUUAUAUAAACCGAUAGAGUGGGUUCAGAACUAUUGUUCAUUUGAACAACGAAUGGGCCCACUGCCACUACUGCUAUAAAUAUGGACAUUUUGAAAUUGGACACAAAUAUGUGUCUUAGUGUUGAUAAUGAAAUUAUUAUUAAUGAUUCACUUGUUGUUAAAAGCAAUGUGUGCAUAUGCAUAUCUGUGUUUAAAUUUAAAAGUGAUUUUAAUAACGGACUAGUUACAAAUAGUGAACCGGUGAAAUCAUAUUGUGAUGACACUAUUGAAAGGUGUUGAGAAGUUUUGGAAAAUAGUGAUGGAACAAUAUUUCAUUCCGUUGUUAAUGAAGCCGUGUUGAUGUUGUAAAUGAAUGAUUGUAAUGCAUUUUCACUAAAAUAAUAACCUAUAAUUAAAAUAAGGUUGUGAACAUUUUAGUGAAAAUGUAUUAGUAAAUGUAAUAAAUGUAUGUCCAUAGAUUCAUGAUUGCAAUCCCUUUCGAUUAAACGGGUGAUGUAAAUCGAUGUACCUAUUUGUAACGUUUAAAUAGUGAUGCAGUUUUUGGCCUAAAUUAUAGGUUCCUUGAGGUCGAUUUGAAUCGGAUCUGUCAGCUGUCAUAGCGACAUUUCUGGUUGAAGAAAUGACACUGUUGGCUGCUGACAGACUGGUUCCUAACAAGAUUAUAAAAUUCCAACCGCCCUCCUUGAUUUAUGUCCCAGUGAAUUUUCAGUAAAUCUGUAAAAUUGUUUGAUAUUUAACUCCCAUUUUAAUUCUAAUGGAAAACUAGUAAUCUCAUUGGUGUAUUUAUUUAAUUUAGUAGGUUUUUAAUUGAAUUGGAUUUUAUAUUGGCAUUAAUAAUGAUAGUAGGUAUUGUUAUUUUUUGUUUUUCUAUUUCGUUAUUGUCAUGAAUACGUAUUUUAUGAAAUUAUUUAGCUAAAGAGUAAAAAUUCAAAAUGUUAGUACAUAUCUUGAAUACAUAUGUUUUUUUAUAAAUAUGUAGUUAUAUAAAUAAAAGCUUUAUAAAUAUUGCUAACGUUGCAAUAAUAACAGAUAUUUAUAUAUUUUGAUUUGUGAUUUUUUAAAGCAUAAAAUAGUACCUAGAUAUCAAUUGACUAUAAAACUAGACUUUGAUAGGGUAACGAUACAAAAGUUUGAAUACUAUUGUUCACUUUUAUUUAGAAUAGGUAUAUUUUUUGUUUAUUUAGUUCUUUUUCGAUCGAAUUUAUUUUCUCUUACAGUCGCCAUCACAUAUAUCGGAGUGGCUAAGGUGCUCACAAAUAUCUGAACACGCCUUUAUUGUCAAGUCGCUAAAGUGCGUGUUGAGAUAUUAUUGAGCACCUCGGCCGCCCCGAUAUAAAUCUGAUAGCGACCGUAUUUAUUUUUUUGACUACGGAGAAAUCGUAACUAAAAUUGACUGAAAUUACGUAGAAUAGUUCAACUUUUUCUAGAUCCUCUUCGUCUAAAAUACUUAAAAUAAAUAGUUCAAAUGUAAGAUAACAUUAGUAAAAACCGUUCACAUACAUAUCUAAAGCAUAUCUGUAUUUUAUUAUAUCAAUUUAAUAACUACUUAACAAUUUUACCAAUUGAAGAAAAACCAAUUCCGAUUAAUUGAUUGGUUUUACUAAAACAUCUUGAGUUUUUGUACAAAGUAUCCAAUAAUAAUUUGCCGACUUUAAUUGUUAUUCCAUAGCUAUCAACAAGGUCUGGGUCUCAUUAAGUUAUCUUUAUUUUCCAUUGUUAUAAGAUACUUUAACAUUCCUACAACCAUGUGAUUCAAUUAAAUAGUUAUUAGAGCGUAAAAAUUCAACUGCCUGUAAAUGUUAUGUGUGGAAACGGUUACAGCUGCGAAAUGGACUUGAUCUAAACUAAAUAUAUACAGAGGUUUUCCUUUCUUUCUUUUUUAAAUAUUUUCAAUAGUUUCCUGUUUUAUGAAGUUGACAGUUUUGUAAAAAUGUUAAAACACGUAGUUAUUUUUUUUUCUGAUCAAAUGGAAGUAUUUGGUCAUACAAAGAUAUUGCCAGCUGCACCUACAGUGGAUCAUGGGUCACAGUAAAUAUUUUUAAACUUUGCUUGUACACAGAUAAAGGUUUUUGAAAAUCUACGAGACAUUUUAUCACAGGCAUAAAGUUUAAUAAAAAGUCUUACUUACAAUACUUACUUACUCACUCCGUUGGCUCAACGACCCAAAAUGAGACUUGGCCUCCGACACAAGACAGCGCCACUUUUCUCGAUCCUGUGCGACCUCUCGCCAAUUGGUGACUCGAAGCUCGCGCAGAUCCGCCUCCACCCUGUCGCACCAGCGAUACCUGGGGCGAUAAAAAGUCUUCAUUCAAAAUAUUACGAUCGGUGAAAACACUUAUGAAAUAAUUAGUAACUAUGAAAUCCUCCUUAUAACUUACCUUGUUUAGAUCAUUUACGUUUCGUGCAGCGCCGAGCUAUGUAAAUGCGUAGUGACAGUCGUGAUUAAUGUCAUUAAUUUAGGUGACAAUUAGAAGACAUCGGCCGAGUCAGCGUUCGCCAAAGUCAUUAAGGAUUGACAGCCGCGCUGUCAGCUCAAUUUUAAAGUAAAUGAGAGUAAUUAGGGACUGUAAUGUUCUAUGAUUUUAUUUUUUUCGUUUUGAUUUUAUCAAGCUUGUUAAAGCUUUUGACGGAUGUUAUAAUACUGUACGGUUUUUAGUUUUUAAACGACAUUCGUCUAAGGGCGUCCUAGCUAGCUAUAGUAUGAAAUUUCUUAAAUGAUGUUUUAACUUUUUAACUUUUAUUGCAAAUUUGCGGAUAGGGUGUCGUUUAAAAACUCGUUUUAGUCAUUUAACACUAGAAAAUAAAAUUAUGAGUUACUGUUGAGUUGAUACUACUUGAUACUGAAAAAAUAAAUAUUUUUUAAAUGAUCGAUAGUUGAAAUAUGCUGUUUUACAAAAUUGUGUAUUUACAAAUAAACUAUGUUAUAUCUGCUAGUAGAUCUUCCUAUUAUCCAUAUCAACAUUAUGAUAUCAUAUCAAAAAAAUGUUUUAAAAUAUUUAUUGUUCCCAUAUAUUAUUAUAUAAUACUUAAGCAUUUAUUUAUUACUCAUCAGAAUUCCGAAACGAUAUUAUUUUAAUUUUUGCAAUAUUUUGCAUAUAUUCUCAUGCAAACAGUAUUUUUUGAUCCUUCAAGUAGGCAUUAUAAAUAGUAACCAUUUAAUUUUCUAUAUUUGACAUUCCGGGUAAGAUAGGUAUAUUAAGACUCAUUUAACUUGAAUUUGGCUCCAUGACUUACUGAAUUCGAUUAGGUAUGCUGUGACAUAGUAUAAAUGUUUCGAUUUCAGCUAGAUAUUAUGAAAUUACUUAUAAAUCACUCGUUAUAUUUAUCACAUUUGAAUAAUAGUAUCGAGUAAUAUAUAUUUUUUGUGUACUCCGCAGAUCUAACGAAUUAAAUUUUUAAAGGAAAAUUUAAAAAAAUCAUCGCCUUAGACGAGAUUUCGAUAGCUCAGUGGUAGAGUAUUGAGUCAGUGUCCCAGAGCCGUGAGUUUGAAUCUUACCCGCAAGGCGAUGAGUGUAUUUUUUUUUUCAAAUACUGGUUUAGGCUACAAAAUGUAUAUCCUGUACCCGUACCAUGAGUCACUGACAGUGUCAACACUGACAUAUACGCUGACGUCUACGUAAUUUACUUUCAAUACAUCUCGCUCGCACUAUUAUGCUAGUACGAGCGAGAUGCAUAGAAAGUAAGUUACGUUCACGCUAGCGUUUAUGUCAGUGCCAAACUGGUGGUAGCUGUACUGAGGUUGGUCCUACCUAGAGUUGGAAGGAGCUAACUCUGCAUGGCAUUUACAACGACAAAGUGUGAUAAUGUCAUCAUUAUUCUCAAAUUUCUAUGAAAAUAUGACGUUUAUUUAUAAUGACACUCUCUCACUUUGUUCUAUUAAAUUCGGUGCAGAGUUAGUGUAGGCGGACUCCAUAUUAUCUUUUUACAUAUAUUUAUUUACCUACACAAUUUGGGUCUGUAUUGUUUCCCAUAAAGUUUUAAGUCAUAAUUUAUUGUUUGUCCGCAUUUUCGUUAGUCAUAAUUUGGUUUUUCUCAGAAACGCGUAAUUUCUCCGGAUUGCCAUAAAACAAACCUAACCUAACCGGAUAACCUUACGAAAAUCCUGAGAAGUUACCGGUUUCAGAAUUAUGACUAAUGAUAAUCUGAAAAUCAUUAGGUACAUUAUGACUUUCGAUAAUUAUGUCAAUCAAAGGGAUCCCACACAUAUUGUUUAUUAUAUCCAUUGAACUAUUAUUACUAGCGAAUAGAACCGGCACAUAACCAGUAUUUUGCGCCAUGAGUUGAUGUCGUUUUGACAACAAACCAUAGAAGCGGAGCAUGAGUCUUGCGAUCUAAACGCGUAAGCCCCAUGAAUUUUACGGCGCUUAAGUUCUGUGCUCGUGGUACAGGUUGCGUUUGCGACAAUUUCAUUGAUUGGUAUUGCUUCUCUAUAGUAAUAAUAUCUCAAUAAUUAUAUCACUCAAUCUAUAGUAAAAUGAGAUUACAAUAUUCGUGAUCUUAGGACCGAAACAGACGGACCGCAAUUUUGUACUGUAAGUACGUACACAUGUUGCAAUUGUUAUGCGUUUCGUAUGUUUCGCUCCUAAUAUUGUUGUACAUAUGGUUCCAACUUCGUAAAUUUAGUAACUAUGUAAUUAAAUAUAAUUUCCUAAAAGUUGGAAACCUUUAGGUGUUAGUUAUUAUUAGGGAGUUAUAAACGUGCCUUAUAUCUUUUACUUAGUUAAUUAAUAUAAUUGAAUGUUGAAAUUUCUGUAUAUAAUGCGAUGUCUCCAAUGAUGUAUUAUACAUAGUAUCAUAGCGUAAUUAUGUUAGAUGGCGAUAAUAUAGUAUUUGUAAAAUAAAACAUUAUGUUGGAUUUGUACAA